UCCGGAUUGUUGAGAGAAUCAAUUCAUUCAGUGUCUUCGGAAUUUAAUCGUGAGUCGCGGCGUGUGUGACAGUGUAGUGAACUUACAGUUAAUAAAACUAUAGUGAACAAAAAACAGAAUAAUAACUUAAAAUGGCUCCAUUAUUCCUCAUUUUUGCAGUGUUUAUAAGUGCCACACUCGGUCAGACCAUUGAUGAGGGCAUAUUCAAUAAGCCCGUCAGUGUACCUCCCGAGUUACAAGACAAAAUCAGCAAUGAAGAAGUAGAAAAAUUGAAGACAAAAUACAUGGACGAGUUCAAAAGAAAGUGUGAGCAGAAUGGACACCCUGAAUUGUAUGAAACUGCUCAGACUUCAGUCGUCGAACUGAUGAACUGCUUCAACUCCCUGGUGAACAUGGAAGUUCUGCAGAACGAAAUCGAAGAAGCAAAACCUAACGGACAAGUCGACGAAGUGUUCAAGAAAUACUGCAACAAAUCACCACAGUUCAAGGGUUGUUUCCGCAACAUGACGGAGACAGUGAAGCCUUGCUUCUCGACUGACGAGCAAAAGAACUUCAAGACUCUAUACAACGUCACCGAACAGCUCGCUGACUUCAUCUGUUACAAGGACGGCGACAGGAUCGCUUUGUUCAUAGCGGAAGGCGGCAAGGAGUGUUUCCAGGAUCAGCAGGAAGGCAUCCAGGGCUGCUUCAACAGCACCUUCGACGCCGAGACACAGGGCAGCCUACAAAACAUCAGCUCUGUUGAGGGAUUCAUGGAACUGGAGUUCAAGGAGAAACAGUGCAACCAGAUGAGCACCCUGCAAUCAUGCGUGGUCAGCGUAUUGGAGCAGUGCGUCAAGCCAACCUCCGCCAACAUCGUGGAGUCCUUAUUCAACUUCAUCAGAAAGGCAACACCAUGCAAGAACUUCGCUAAACCGAAUGCAGGGAAGGCAGGUGGACGGAAUCCCGAGGAGGCAAAGCCAGCAACGGGUGCAGCUAACGGUCUGACCAUCACAUCGGCGACACUAAUCACAGCCUUCCUAGCUGCAAUACUCGCCUAAUUACCCUAAUUAAGUAAACGCAGUUUUAAUUUUAAUGAACGCAUCGCGAAAGAUUACAUGAGAGUACAGGUAUAAUGCAAUCUAUAACUGGUGCUGCCAUCUAUGACAAAUUUAAUGCAUUGCCAGGAUUAAAAAAAUAGGUUUUUAUAUAUAUAUUUCUAAAUUAAGAGGUAUUUUUAUUGAUUUUUAAUGUCUUAUAAGUCAUAUAUUUUUAUGCUCAUUUGUCUAUUUUGUUGUAAGAUUGACUUAGCUGAAAUAUGAUAAUUAUUAUACAUUUUAUACGUCUGUUUAUUGCUUGUUAUUGUAAAACUUUUAUUAUAUAUUGAAAGGUCUUCCCAUACGGGUAAAUAAACAUUAAAUGUGGAUUUAGUUUUUCCGAGCAUACUAAAAGAUCAAAAAAUAUGGAAAUAUAAAAUAUAAUAAAUUAGUGACACUAUAUGUCAAUGCACCUUUCAAUACAAUUUUCUAAGUUAAAAAAACACUUUGAAUCUGCCUAAAUAUCAGAUCAAUAAAACCACAAAAUCUUGUUACACAACUUUUUAUAUGAAACACAACAUGACAUUAAAAAUUCGAUCAAAGUGAGUUGUCAAAGGUGUUGGUCAUCAUUAACUACAUUCCAAAAUUUUUGUUUCAAUAAAGUAAAAUCUGAUGACUUUAACAUCUAAUAUUAUUACUUGACAAAGGCCUCUUAGCCUAGUCUUAUCAAAAAUAGUAUAAUAGUGUUUUAAAACCCCUUUUAAUACAAGCCUAUAAUGUAACUAACAUAUGUUUAUUUAAAAAAGCAUUUUGAGUAAUUUUCCCUAUAUUGUCGUUAAGAAAAACGUUUUUAAUAUUUUUAUAAAAUUAUAUUUACAUUAUUUAGGUAUAUUAUAUUAUGUUCCUUUAAGUAAAUUUAUUUUUAUAAAUGGAAAGAUUGUGGUCGCUUAAACUUGGUACUAUUGUACUCAUACAAUAUUUAAGUAUAAAUCAUAUAACCAGGGCUUAAUUUUAGAUUUUAUAGUGAUAUAUUUUGAACAAAUAUCGCGAAAGAGUACAUAUCUUAUACAUUUCAUAAUAAAUUGCCAAAAAAGUGUGGCCAAUUCUAAAAUGUGAAUGCUUAGCUUAAUAAUAGUGUUGCCAUAUCCGAAAAUGGUAUCAAAUAUCAAUAUGAGAGCAACGAAUUUCAAUUUAGUGCAUAAAAGAGAUUUUGCUUACAUUCUAUAGCCGUCCUGGAAGUGAUUUUAUUCUCGAAACGAAUACCGUACCGGCAACACUGUAAUUUGAACUCUAUGUCCUUAGAUUUAAAGUCGAUAAUAGCAGGAGAACGAUUUAGUCUUGCUUGAAAACUAGAUAAGCUUUUGUCCAUUGUAGUAAUUUGUUAGAUUUAAGUCGAGUUCGGUGGGGGUUGGUGUUAAACACACUAUGGUUUUGAAGAAACACAAUUCAGAUAUCAUUACUUUUUUGUUAACUGUUCACUGUAAAAGAUUUCUUUUUGUUUUUCUUCUAUGAAGGUCAAAUUCUUUCAAGGGCUUUGAAGCGAUGUUCUAAAAGAUAGUAUUGAAAAACACCCUCUACUUCGCGCUUAUAUCAAGGGAAUAUGAGCCUUUCGACUUUCGCUUUAAUUUAUAAAACUACCUUCGAUUUUUUGCUUUCAUAAAUUUAACCUUACUGUGUACGAAAUAAGGAACAAACACUAAAUAUGUGUACUCAUUACUGUGGACAGUUAACGACAAAUACGCAAGAGACAUUAAUGAUAAUUUAUUAAAACUAAUAGAAGAUAAAGAGUUAAUCUCUAGACAAACACAAGAGCUUGUAUAAAUAUCAAUAGUAUUGUAGAACGCCAUGCCAUAUAAUUACGUAGUUUCGAUGUCCGGUAGUGAAUAGUGAUUUAUAUGUGCUGCUAUGUGGUUUAUAACCAUUUUACAAUAUUUGCAAAUAAAUCAUGAAAGAUUA